AUGGUAUCAGAAUCGACAUCAGGGGUUUGGACCUUAUUUAUGGACGGAGCUUCGAACGUAAAAAGGUCCAGGCUCGGUAUAGUCUUAAUUACGCCUUCGGGGGAAACCUUAAGGCAAGCCGUUAGGAUGGUCCAUUUAACUAACAAUGAAGCACAAUAUGGAGCUUUGAUUUCAGGGCUCGAAUUAGCCCGGGAACUUGACUCUGAGGUCAUCAAAAUCAAAUGCAACUCACAGCUGGUGGUAAAUCAUGCCUACGGGAUCUUCAAAACCAAAGAGGAGCUCAUGCAACAAUACGUGGUAAAGGUUCAGGAUCUGUUGGCGCGAUUCCAGGAGUGGUCAAUUACUCAUAUCCCAAGGGAAGAUAACGCAGAAGCAGACGCAUUGGCAAACUUGGGAUCAUUGACGAAAAAAAAGGGAUCGGAGUCCAGGACGGUAGUACAACUGAUGAACUCAGUCCUAGAUACAUAUGGUCACUAUGAGGUAAAUUUGACUAAUCUAGUCUAG